ACAUAACCUCAAUCUUCUCAGACCAAAACAACGAAUCCUGCCGAAAUCCAAAAUUUUCUGAUGUCUUUUGUUCCCUAGUUAAUACCUCUCAUAUUUUUCUGUGUAAAAAUGUCUAAAUGUAAGUAAGUGCUGCAGUAAGUUUUGUGUCUUAACAUGAUUGAAUUUCAAGCUUUUGCCGUGUACUUUAAUCAGAACUUAAGCACCCACCAUCAACACCUGUAGCAAACGUGAUUGCAAGUCCAUUGGAAAACACAGUUUGCAAAAUUAUCGUGUCUCAUUAUCUGAGGUCUUAUGUAUGUUUCGGUGAUGAUGACUAUUCACAAUAGUCUUGUUCUGCUUUUUGUUGCGUUUUAUAUUCUCACAGUCGAUUGCGGCACUCCAGAGGAGGAAGAAGGUGUCAAGUACGCCAACCUAUGUGAAGUGUGCAAAAUAUUGACAACAGAACUGGAAGAUAGAUUGGAAACCACCGGCAAGAGUCAUGAUGUGCUUGAAAUUGGUUAUUCUGUCGAUGAUGUAAAACCCAAAAAGAAGACUCAGUAUAAAAAAUCGGAGUUGCGCCUUGUAGAAUCUUUAGAUGGGAUUUGCGAAAAAGUUCUGGAGUACAACAUUCACAAGGAAAGGAAAGAUAGCACGCGUUUCUCCAAGGGAAUGAGCCAAACGUUCAAAACUCUUCACGGUCUUGUGGACAAAGGUGUGAAAGUUGACCUGGGGAUUCCAUAUGAGCUGUGGGAUAAGCCGUCAGUAGAAAUCACCAACAUGAAAAAUCAGUGCGAAAAAUUGUUAGAAAUCUACGAGGAAGACAUAGAAGACUGGUAUUUCAAAAAACAAGGUAAAACAAGCUUGAAACAAUACAUUUGUGCUGAUAAAGUAUUAAAAGGUAAAGAUGUUUCAUGUUUAUCUGAAACAUUAUCUAUAACAAAUGAGAAAGGCGAUUCAGGGCGAAAGUCCAAGAAAAAGAAGGUGCCAAAAUCCAAACCACCAAAAGAAGACUUAUGAACCAAACAUUUAGGUAAUCAUUCAGGGAGAAGCUUCAGCUCUGUUGUAGCUCAUGGAUGGCAUUUUAUAAAUGAUAGAUGGUAUCUUUACAAGUUAAGAAUUAAUCCUUCCAUGUGAUUUUAAAAGGACAAGUCUUCCAAUUAAAUUAUUCAUUUAGUUGUUCAAA